GCCAUUAGACCAGCUUAAUUGCGGUUUUUUCAAUAACCAGGAAAAAAUUAUACCUUGUGCGUAACGAGGGCUCGUUCAAAGUCAAAGUCAACGAAGGAGACUUUACCAACAAGUGUUAUGCCCGUUUAGUUGAAUCUACAUGGCAGUAUAUUUUCACACACAUACAAACGUUCAUUAUAAAAAGAACCAAUUUGGCCUUUGUUAAAGAUCAUCAUCAUCAUCAUCAUCAUCCAAAAUCAUCAAAUUUUGUUUAGUUUUGCACUAUUAUAAUAUGGCUUUGGAAACCAGUACUCAGCCUCACUUUGUGUUAAUCCCUCUAAUGGCGCAAGGCCAUAUGAUCCCCAUGAUAGACAUGGCUAAGCUUUUGGCAGAACGUGGAGUUCUGGUAAGCUUGGUCACCACCCCUCAUAAUGCCUCGAGAUUCGAGUCAAUUAUAUCUCGAGCAACACUCUCUGGCCUCCCUAUUCGGCUCGUUCAGAUCCCAUUUCAAAGCGAAAAAGUCGGACUCCCAAUUGGCUAUGAGAAUCUUGAUAGUUUGCCUUCGAGGGACAUGCUUAGAAAAUUCUAUAGCGCUGUAAGCAUGCUUCAAAAGCCUCUAGAACACCACCUUGAGGAACGUAAGCCUCUCCCAACAUGCAUAAUCUCCGACAAGUACCUUUCUUGGACUUCCGAAACGGCGAAGAAGUUCGGAAUUCCGAGACUUGUUUUCCAUGGCAUGUGCUGCUUUUCUUUGUUGAGCUCUCAUAAUGUUAAGCUUUACAAUGCUCAUCAAUCGGUCACUUCGGAUUCCGAACCAUUUGUGGUCCCGGGACUACCUCAUAAGGUUGAGAUUACCAAAGCUCAGCUGCCCGGAGCUUUCGUUACUCAAGCCGAUUUGGACGAUGUUCGGGGUAAGACGCAAGAAGCCGAAUCGAGUUCUUAUGGAGUGGUGGUGAACAGUUUCCAAGAACUGGAACGUGGUUGCGCUGAGGAAUACGAGAAGGCUCUAAACAAAAAGGUAUGGUGCAUCGGACCGGUUUCCUUGUGCAACAAGAACGAUUUGGACAAAGUUGAGAGAGGUAACAGAGCUUCCAUUGAUCAAAACCAAUGCCUCCAGUGGCUCAACACGAUGAAACCCAAGUCUGUUAUCUAUGCUUGUCUCGGUAGCCAGUGCCGCUUAGUUGCAGCACAAUUGGCUGAACUUGGACUUGGUUUAGAAGCUUCGGGAAAGCCGUUUAUAUGGGUGGUCAAGGCCGGAGAGAACUUUUCGGAGUUCGAGAAUUGGUUAUCGGAGGAAAGAUUCGAGGAAAGGAUCAAAGGUAAGGGACUUUUGAUCAAAGGUUGGGCUCCACAGGUUCUGAUCCUAUCACACCCAGCAAUUGGUGGAUUUUUAACCCACUGUGGUUGGAACUCUACCAUAGAAGGUGUUUGUUCAGGGUUGCCAAUGAUAACUUGGCCUUUGUUUGCUGAGCAAUUCUUCAAUGAAAAAUUAGUUAUAGAAGUCUUGAAGAUUGGAGUUAGGGUAGGUGUGGAAAUUCCUGUUAGAUGGGGUGAUGAAGAGAAAGUUGGAGUAUUGGUAAGGAAAGAAGGAGUGAAGAAGGCUAUAGAAAUGGUAAUGGAUGAGGGUGAAGAAGGUGAAAAGAGAAGGAAAAGAGCUAGAGAACUUGGAGUUGAAGCUAGAAGGGCUACUGAAGAAGGAGGAUCAUCUUACAUGAACUUGUCAGCUUUGAUCCAAGAUAUAAUUGAACAAACCAAUCAAAACAAGCUCAAGUUCUUGAAGAACUGAUCUCUCUCUUUAUAUAAUCAAAUUCUUUGUAGCAAUCAAUAAAGUUGUUGUACGAGAUUGAUUCUAAACAAUUUAAAUAUUUUUAAUAUUUCAUUAGAUCUGAUCGAACCUAGGAUUUGAGAGUGUAUCCUCAUUGGCUUUUACUACUAGGUUAAGCUUUGAAUUAAUAAAAAUAAAUAAAUUCUUGAUAACAUUUAUAUGAUAAAUGUAUCCGCAUGUUAGCUGUACUUUAUAAAUUGUCAAUAAAAUUACGGAG